AUGGCCCGCAAAAAGACGCCGGCCAACGGGUCUCCUUCUGCGCCACCCGAAAUUUCCAGCUCCUCUGCAACGUCAAUACCCUCACCCUCGUCACCUGAACCGCUGGGCCCGCUAAGCUUGCCACCCUUGCCUGGCGCGCGUGACGUGGUCAAAGUGAACAACCUCAGCUCCACAGAGCUCAAGAACGCCUGCGACGAUGCGCUCAAACGGUACCUCUCCCGACCCGAACUGUUCAAGCAAAACCACCAACACACCGAUGUGCGACUCGCGCUGGGCUGGCUGAGCGUGUUUGUUGCGGGUGGGACAGGGCUGUACGGCUACAAAGUGGAGUUUGAGGCGAGCAAGCCGGUCGUGUGGGCGGGCCUCAUUGUGUACCUGCUGCUCACCUUCACGCAAACACUCUACGCGUACUUUGUCGAGGGCGACACUGUCUACGUCGGCAAGCGCAAGACAUUCUCGAAACGCAUCGAGACGGAGCGGAUUACCAUCGCUUCUCGGACGAUUCCAGUUUCGAGCCAGCCACCAGCAACGGAAAACGCGACUCCUGAGCAUCCUUGGGAUCAUACGCCAGAGUACUCUCUCGAGGACGCCAACCACACUCCCCUCUAUUCGCUCGGCAUCACCUACCUUCGCUCAACAUCCGCAAACAAAUCAUUACUGGCUCGUAACAAGAGCAGCGCACAAUCCUCAUAUGCUGCAUUCUUCGACGGUGACGGCGUUUUAGAUGCCGACGUCUUUGAGCAGUGGGUUGGGAAGGCGGUCGAGGAGUGUAUGAGUGUCAAGGAUAAGAGCUCCUAA